AUGCUCCUCGCACGACUCUCUCUAGCUGUGGCAUUUACCAGCCUCGUCACAGCAGCAGCGCUCCCAUCACCACCAACCCUUCAAAAAAUCAGCCCUAGCAUAGACGCAGAAUCAUUGUUAUCCCGAGACGCGUCAUGGGCGCCCGCGGCCCAAUCAUACAACGAACAGCACUAUCACCUCAACAAACGGAGCCCUUAUUACUUGCCCGAGACCGUUCUCGACGAAGAUGAAAUCGCCGACCGACUAACUGCACUGCGUGAAGCAGGCCUCGUCACCAGCGGGCGAGGCCAGACUGCUUCAAAGUCAAUCGAAUCUCCGGAUGCAGGGAUCGACACCCGUGCACGGAUGAUUCCCGUUCGGGACUUGAUGUCCGAGUUGGACCGUUUGGAAGCUACACAGUCCGUCUGGGAAAUGCUGCCCUCUCUACUACCGCCACUACGCUUCUUUGUGAUCGCAAGCUCGAUCAUCGCCAUCCUCACCGUGAUCAGGGGUUGUCUGCGUGCUCAACGCUGA